GCAGCCGAAGGGGGCGGGUCUGGGAAAUGGCCUGCCCGCAGCGCUCGGUCUCCGAGCGGCGGCACAUCGCCGCCCUUGUCCAGAGGGGCGUGAGCAGCCCAGAUAGGCGUCCUACGCCUUUAAGUGGCAGGGCCGCGCUCGCUGUGGCGAAAGUUGAUUGGUUGGAAUGAAUUUUUUCCCCGCCGCGCGGAAGUGACGCGCGAAGAAGCCCACGUGUGUGUCUCCAUUCCACAUGGCGGCGCUCCGAAAGAGGCUGCUGCUGGCCGAGCCACACGUGGUGGCCCUCGGGCACUGCGUGGGCCGGCGCGAGGCCAGUCUGGGCCCAGAUCCCGGGGCCACGGUGCGAGUGCGCUUCGCUCCCAGCCCCACAGGCUUCUUGCACCUGGGUGGCCUCCGUACUGCCCUCUACAACUAUAUCUUUGCCAAGAAGCACCAGGGGAGCUUCAUCCUGAGGCUUGAGGACACCGAUCAGAGCCGCCUGGUGCCAGGAGCAGCAGAAAACAUUGAGGACAUGCUGGAGUGGGCAGGCAUCCCACCUGAUGAAAGUCCCCGACGGGGUGGUCCUGCAGGGCCCUAUUAUCAGUCACAGCGACUGGCUUUGUAUGCCCAAGCCACUGAAGCAUUGCUGAAAUCUGGAGCUGCCUAUCCCUGUUUCUGUUCACCGCGGCGGCUGGAGCUCCUGAAGAAGGAAGCACUAAGGAGCCAUCAGACACCCCGGUAUGACAAUCGGUGCCGGAACCUGAGCCAGGCACAGGUGGCCCAGAAGCUGGCCAUAGACCCCAAGCCUGCUAUCCGCUUCCGCCUAGAGGAGGCAGUACCAGCCUUCCAGGACCUGGUAUAUGGCUGGACUCAGCAUGAAGUGGCCAGUGUGGAAGGGGACCCAGUUAUACUGAAAAGUGAUGGCUUUCCCACCUACCACCUAGCCUGUGUGGUAGAUGACCACCACAUGAGCAUCAGCCAUGUGCUGCGGGGCUCUGAGUGGCUAGUCUCCACCUCCAAGCACUUGCUCCUCUACCAGGCCCUGGGCUGGCAGCCACCUCGAUUUGCUCAUCUGCCCCUGCUCCUCAACAGGGAUGGUAGCAAGCUAUCUAAGAGGCAAGGGGACAUUUUCCUGGAACAUUUUGCUGACACCGGUUUUCUGCCAGAAGCCUUGCUCGACAUCAUCACCAACUGUGGUUCGGGGUUUACAGAGAACCAAAUGGGCAGGACCCUGCCGGAGCUGAUUACACAGUUUGACCUGACUCGGAUCACCUGCCACUCAGCCCUGCUGGACCUAGAGAAGCUCCCAGAAUUCAACAGGCUGCACCUCCGCCGGCUGGUGAGCAGUGAGACCCGGAGACCCCAGUUGGUGAAGAAGUUGCAGGGCCUGGUGAAGGAGGCAUUCGGGAGUGAACUGCAAGACAGGGACGUUCUGGAUCCUGCAUAUAUGGAGAGGAUCCUCCUGCUGAGACAGGGUCACAUCAGCCGUCUACAGGAUCUGGUCUCCCCAGUGUACUCCUACUUAUGGACCCGCCCUGCUGUCCAUCAAGCAGAACUGGGGGCAAACUCGGAAAAGAUGGAUGUGAUUGCCAAACGCUUGCUGGGGCUUUUAGAAAGACCUGGUUUAAGUCUAACUCAGGAUGUGGUGAACAGAGAACUGAAGAAGCUGUCAGAAGGUCUGGAAGGCACCAAGCAUAGCAGCAUGAUGAAGCUCCUCCGGAUGGCCCUCAGUGGACAGCUGCAAGGACCCCCUGUGGCUGAGAUGAUAGUGUCCUUGGGCCCAAAGGAAGUACGGGAACGAAUCCAGAAGGUGCUUUCUAGCUAGGGAGAAGGACCAUCGAGGAACCUUGAUACAUGGGACCAUCGAGGUGACCCUGAGAGCCUCUAUCCAUGGAAACUGACUUCUGAGGAGAGCAGGAGGCCCGGGACCUCUUAGGACCCUUUCAGGACAAACAGCAGCAGAAACAAGCUCUCUGAGUACUCUCAUCAGCUGCCCUCGGGGAGCCCACCUGUUUCACCUUGUUGACUCUGAGAAGGAUGAGCUUGAACUCAUGUCUUGAUUCUUUUCUAUUUUUUUAAAGAUUUUUUUUUUUAAUAUGUAAAGGUGUUUUGCCUCCAUGUAUGCCUGUGUAACACUAGAACUAGAACUGGAACUAGAGUUACAGACAGCUUUGAACUAGCAUUUGGAUACUUGGAAUUAAAGCCAGGUCUUCUGGAAGAGCAGCCAGUGCUUUAUCACCAAGCCAUCUCUCUAGCCCAUUGGGUUGGUUUUCAUGCCACAUUCUACAGCUCGUGUUAGGAGCUGGCUUACAGAAAAGAUCAACAUUCCAAAAUAGUACAGAGGGCUGAGGUCUUGGUUCACUAGGCUGCAUAACAAUAUACCACAUAAUAUGGUGACUUAAACUAAAGAUUUGCUUAGUGUCCUAGAGACUGCACGUCCAAGGUAAUUGUCGUAGGGUCAGUUUCCUAUGGUAGCCACUCCUGGCUUGCAGACAGCCACCUUCCACCUUCCACAAGUGUCCUCCUCUGUGCACACUUGUCCCUGGUUCGUUUCAGAGUAUCCUUGUCUUUUUCAAGGUCCAGUCAAUCUAGAUAAAGGUCUGUCAUUCAAAUGCCUCCCACAUUGUAUGAUACUGGGGUUUAGGUUUCUAUAUUUGGAAUAGUCUGUAGGACACAGUUUAGCCCAGGACAAUUCAGUUCCAGCCUGGAUUCAUACAUCCCAAUCUCAGACUCCAUAAGGAGUUGGAACUGUAAUGGACACCAGCAGGGCCAACUAGACAGCAGAUUUUCCUUCUGGAUUGUAAAGGAAGAAGUUACUUCUCCAGCAGGGUAAGCACUUGUGUUUGGGGUUACUCCUUGUCCUUGAGCUUUAGGUAGCUCUGUCUCCUUCCCUGAAGGUCAUCUGUUUUCUUCCAGUUCCUCAGACCUGAUACUUUGAGGUAUUGUUGGUGUCUUUCAUCAUAUCUGCCCUUAUGUCCACCAUUGCUUAUACAUCUUUGUACUCAGAUUCCUGAAAUCAGAUUUCCUUUCUUGAAGUCUUGAUUAACUUGGAGUAGUAUAAGUAGGAUGGUGACCAGGUACAAGACCCCAGCAGGAUGUGUAGCUUCCUCAGAGUGAGCAGUCUCUGUAGCUACGCUUACUCUCCUGAGGAGGGCAGGAUGUGAGGGUGUGGUAGAGGCUUGAUCAUAAGACCUUGCAGCUUCUUUCUGAUUUACAUCUGCACCUCUGGGAAAGCCAGCUUCCAGGUCUUGAAGCUCAAGCCCUUAUGUCUCGAGAGGUCCACAUGACAUCAGAGCCAUCUGCCAUGUGAGUGAACCAUAUUGGAAGCUGGACUUUCAGCCCCAGCCAAGCACCUCCUGAGACACCCAGAGCCACAAUACUCAAAACACUCUAGAACUUCAAACCCAGGAUUGUGAGGCAGCAGAUGUUUGUUCAAAGCCUCUUACUUGCUUUGGGGAUUGUUUUUACCUAGAGGUAGAUAACUGUUAUUUUCUCCUUGCUCAGGUGAGUAUGGGAAGGAUCAAAGGGCUUUUGAACCUUGCU